GUAGGCACUCGGGUCGGGUAGAGACCGCCGGCGGCGACCGGUCAUGGAGGGAGACAGGGUCCGCUGGUCUCCCUGAGGUGCGCUCCCUGAAAUCCCGGGGAGCCGUGACCAAUGGGCUCGCUGAGCAGCCGAGUGCUGCGCCCGCCUGGGCGAUCCCGAGCCCAGCAGGAACCGGGUUCCGGGGCCGGGGGCUCGGCCCGGAGGCCAGAGACUGGCGGCGACGCGGCCGGCCACGGCUUCUGUUACUGCCCCGGCAGUCGCAAGCGUAAGCGGAGCAGCGGGGCCCUCUGUUAUUGUCAUCCCGAAUCCGAAACAGACGAGGAUGAGGAAGAAGGGAACGAGCAGCAGCGGCUCCUCAACACCCCUCGAAGGAAAAAAUUAAAGAGUACGUCCAAAUAUAUUUACCAAACAUUAUUUUUGAAUGGUGAAAAUAGUGACAUUAAAAUUUGUGCUCUAGGAGAAGAGUGGAGUUUACACAAAAUAUAUUUAUGUCAAUCUGGCUACUUUUCUAGUAUGUUCAGUGGUUCUUGGAAAGAAUCCAGCAUGAAUAUUAUUGAACUGGAGAUUCCGGACCAGAAUAUUGAUGUAGAAGCACUACAGGUUGCAUUUGGGUCACUGUAUCGAGAUGAUGUCUUAAUAAAGCCCAGUCGAGUUAUUGCCAUUUUGGCAGCAGCUUGUAUGCUACAGUUGGAUGGUUUAAUACAGCAGUGUGGUGAGACAAUGAAGGAAACAAUUAAUGUGAAAACUGUAUGUGGCUAUUACACAUCAGCAGGGACCUAUGGAUUAGAUUCUGUAAAGAAAAAGUGCCUCGAAUGGCUUCUAAACAAUUUGAUGACUCAUCAGAAUGUUGAACUUUUUAAAGAACUCAGUAUAAAUGUCAUGAAACUGCUCAUUGGUUCAUCUAAUUUAUUUGUGAUGCAAGUGGAGAUGGAUGUGUACACAGCUCUCAAAAAGUGGAUGUUCCUUCAACUUGUGCCUUCUUGGAAUGGAUCUUUGAAACAGCUUUUGACUGAAACAGAUGUCUGGUUUUCUAAGAGGAAAAAAGAUUUUGAAGGUAUGACCUUCCUUGAAACUGAGCAAGGAAAACCAUUUGUGUCAGUAUUCAGACAUUUAAGGUUACAGUAUAUUAUCAGUGAUUUGGCCUCUGCAAGAAUUAUUGAACAAGAUUGUCUAAUACCUUCAGGAUGGCUGUCUUCUGUGUAUAAACAGCAGUGGCUUGCUAUGCUCCGGGCAGAACAAGACAAUGAGGUGGGGCCUCAAGAAAUCAAUAAAGAAGAACUAGAGGGAAAUAGCAUGAGGUGUGGUAGAAAGCUUGCCAAAGAUGGUGAAUACUGCUGGCGGUGGACAGGUUUUAACUUUGGCUUUGACCUUCUUGUAACUUAUACCAAUCGCUACAUCAUUUUCAAACGCAAUACACUGAAUCAGCCGUGUAGUGGAUCUGUCAGUUUACAACCUCGAAGGAGCAUAGCAUUUAGAUUACGUUUGGCUUCUUUUGAUAGUAGUGGAAAACUAAUAUGUAGUAGAACAACUGGCUAUCAAAUACUUACACUUGAAAAGGAUCAGGAACAAGUAGUAAUGAACUUGGACAGCAGGCUCCUGAUCUUCCCUUUAUAUAUCUGCUGUAAUUUCCUGUAUAUAUCUCCAGAAAAAAGAACGGAAAAUAAUCGUCAUCCAGAAAAUCCAGAAAACUGAGGAUCUUAUCAGUUGGAAACAGUGGCACUUUGAAAAUUUUUUCGGCCAGCUUUAAUUGAAUGGCCCUAUUUGUUCACAUCUAAGGUGACUAAUAAUGACAAAGGCCUUAUGAACUGUACAGAUAAUACAGAAGACUAUUCUUAUUAUAUUUCUAUGCAUAUAUUAAAAAACAUUUAAAGCCAAGAAUAUAUCUGUCAAUCCAUUUCUGUUAUAAAGAUGUCAGCUUGUGCUUUUUUAAAUUUAGCAUCAGUAAAAAAUGGCAAUAGGUAAAUUUCACAUUUUUCUGCAACCAAAUAUAGAUUUAAUUUUUAGCUUAAACUUUGAUUCUGUAUAAUGUUAAUGUACCUCGGUUAUCCAUCUGUAAAUCUAUUUUUGUCUAAAAGAAUGUUAAAGGAAUACUUUGAAAGACUAAUUAUAAACGCUUUUUCAAUUGAUGCGUUUAAGGCUGUCUGAUUUUUUCAACUGCUCUUUGUGAUUCCUCCUGUUAUCCUCCCAAUAUGUAGUUGUUAUUAAUCAUUAAAAACUUUUUUCAUGGCUUUGGAGACUAACUUGAGAAAAUUUUUAUUUAACGUAAGCAUUUUUAGGCUAUUUUAUUUUGCUUUUAAUUUAGCUUUCCUAGGAUUUUAACAAUAAAAGAAUCAGCUGCAGACUUUCAAAUGAACUGGAAUGGGGGAGAAAAAUCAGUGAGUCUGAGUAUAUUCCUUUGCCUUACAUGGUCUUUUUGUUUGUUUUGAUAUUCUAUACAGCUUUAUUAUUAGAUUCAUAAGAUUAUUUAUAUACCACAUAUUACACUCUAAACAUUUUCAUAUUCUCUGACCUUUGGAAUUAUUUUUGUUCAAAUUUUAGUUGAGAAUCCUAUUUCCUACUUAACCUCUGAAUUAAGUGCCUUUGAGUUACACAUGCUAAUAGAAGUUUCAUAGUAAAUAUAAAUAAGCUCAGAGGAUGUCAUACAGAAGCUGGUAAAGCAUUCAUGUAAAAAUAGAACUUAUUUUUGUCAAAAUGAGAUGUACACUUGUCAUGAUAUAUAUAUGUUGGCAUCUUGUGUUUACCACUAUUUUAAAAAUAGCCAUGCUCGUUUUCCCAGUCAGAGUGAAUUCUUUUUGUGGUUAAUGUAUAUUUUUCGUAUGUUUUUUAAAAAUGGGAACCACUUUUAUGUAUCUGUACAAAUAAUAAACACCCAUUUGGAAAAA